AUGUGGCUCGGCUGCCAAACCAGUCGAUUGACAGUCUGCGACCGCUUUGUGGUGGUUCUGAGCCCAAAUGGCCUGACCCUUCACUGCUCGAUCGGCGGAUAUGCCUCGGUUGGUCGGCCUUGUGGUGACCCGAACACCCUCGCGGCCCUUGUGUUUUACGAAAUAUUGGCUGGAGACUGGACGAAAACCCUCGCCUGGGCGGUCGACUCGUGGUUGCUGGAUGGAGCUCUGUCCACGGUUUUCGCAAACUCUGCCCUUUCGGGAACGAUCGUUCCUGCCGUGGGUUCCUCCACUCUUAUUUGA